CUUUCCCCAGGCCCACAUUUCUCUACCUUCCUGAAGCUCCUGCCUGAUACCUCAACUCUCUGCAUGGGGCAAGGGAGUGUUUCCAGUUAAGAGGCUCCAGAUCUGCCAGUGAAGGACAAGGAUCCCUGAUGCCAAAGGUGAUCGUAUGGAGAUGGCAAGUUCCUUUGGCUCCCAGCUCAUCACCCUCGUCUUUCUCCAGCUCCAGCUGCCUGUCAGCAUGUCAGGCACAGGGGAUGCCAGCACUUUUCACUUGGCCCCGCUGGGGGGCACAGCCAACCUACUCUGCCCUGUCUCUCUCUGGCCUGGGAUGGUGCCAGAGGAGGUGAGGUGGCUGCGGUCCCCACCACCGCAGCGCUCUCAGGUCGUUCACGUGUUUCGGGAUGGGAAGGAAUGGGAUGAAGAUCUGAUGCCAGAAUAUAAGGGGAGGACAGCGCUGGUGAGAGACGCCCAAGAGGGAAGUGUCACUCUGCACAUCUACAGUGUGAGCCUUGAGGAUCGAGGGCCUUUCCGAUGUCUGGUCCGCAUCGGAAACCAGAGCAGAGAGGACACUGUGACCCUGCAAGUUGCAGUUUUAGGUUCUGAUCCUUAUAUCCACAUGAAAGGCUACAAUGCUGGAUGGAUCCUGCUGGUGUGCAGGUCAGUGGGAUGGUUCCCACAGCCUUGGGCCGAGUGGAGAGACCCUCAAGGCCUGGUGCUUCCAUCCCUGUCGGAGGCCCACUCUCUGGACAAUGCUGGGCUCUUUCAAACAGCAGUGUUCAGCAGAGUCAGCGACAGUGCACUGGGGAAUGUGUCCUGCACCAUCCGCAACACAGCCCUUGGCCAAGAGAAGGUUGCAGCCAUGGCCGUAGAAGCCCCAUCUCCUGGAAGGGUCUCGUCCUCAGAAGUGGCUCUUACUGGGAUCCUUUUUGUCCUGCUUCUUCUCAUCAUGGUGUGCAUUUGGCUCAUCUGGAAGCAAAGAAAAUCAAAAGAGAAGCUUCUCUAUGAACAGGUGAUGGAGGUAGAAAAUCUUCUCUCAGACCAUGCAAAAGAAAAAGGAAGACUCCAUAAAGCCUUCAAGAAACUCCGAAAUGAACUAAAGCUAAAAAGAGCUGCAGCAAACUCAGGCUGGAGAAGAGCACGGCUGCAUUUUGUGGUGGUAACCCUGGACCCGGAUUCAGCACAUCCCAAGCUCAUCCUGUCUGAGGACCGGAAAUGUGUGAGGCUUGGAGACAGAAGGCAGCCUGUGCCUAACAACCCCCAGAGAUUUGAUUUUGUAGUCAGUGUCCUGGGCUCCGAGUACUUCACGGCUGGCUGUCACUAUUGGGAGGUGUAUGUGGGAGGCAAGACCAAAUGGAUCCUUGGGGUGUGCAGUGAGUCGGUGAGCAGAAAGGGGAAGGUCACUGCCUCCCCUGCCAACGGACACUGGCUUGUGCGACAGAGUGGUGAGAACAAGUAUGAAGCUCUCACGUCCCCGCAGAUCUUCUUUCGCCUUAAAGAGACUCCUCAGUGUGUCGGGGUUUUCCUGGACUAUGAAGCAGGGGUCAUCUCUUUCUACAACGUGACUGACAAAUCCCACAUCUUUACUUUCACUGACAGUUUCUUGGGCCCCCUUCGCCCUUUCUUUGAGCCUUGUCUUCAUGAUGGAGGGAAAAACACAGCACCUUUAGUCAUUUGUUCAGAACUACAGCAAUCCAAGGAAUUAGUUGCCCCCAAACCAGAAGAAAAACACAGCCUUAAUGGAGAUGUGUCCCUGAAGGUGAACUCUUCCUUACUACCCCCUCCAGCCCCAGUUGGGGAUAUGAUCUUGCCCUUUCCCUCUGAUCUUGGCCCAGCCCUUCAGGGGCUUAAAGUUCCUUCUUUUUAGGGAUGUGCCUGGUUACCUGCUCCCAGACCAUCCAGCCUAGCACCCUGGAUUUCAGUAUCCUGGCCCAAAACCUGACUCUGGAAGGUCUCCUCUUCUUAACCCAAAUGCUAAUCUUUUUGUGAUUUCUCUUUGUAUACUUGUCUCCCAGGACUCAUCCUGAACCCAGCUUUUCUUUAAGGGACUUGAAGUUCCCAUCGACCUAGAGGGAGAAUUCCUAAAAAUGAUACAAUCAGCUUAGGUUCAGGUGGACAUGCUGACUGUGUGUCUCUGAAGUACAGCACAGGUGCAGGGGAAAGAGUUCUCUACUCUAAGGGAUAUAUAUAGAUAUAUUUUGAGACAGAGUCUCACUCUGUUGCACCAGCCUAGACUGUUAUGGCAUCAACCUAGCUCACAGCAAGCUCACUUCCUGGGUUCAAGCAAUCCUCCUUCCUCAGCCUCCUGAGUAGCUGAGACUAUUGGUGCCUGCCACAACACCUGGCUAAUUUUUUUUUUUAGGGACAAAAUUGCACUUUAUGGCCCUUGGUAGAGUGCCCUAGUAUCACACAGCUCACAGCAACUUCCAACUCUUGGGCUUAGGUGAUUCUCUUGCCUCAGCUUCCCGAGUAGCUGGGACUACAGACAUCCGCCACAACGCCCAGCUAUUUUUUUGUUGCAGUUUGGCCAGGGCCGGGUUUGAACCUGCCACCCUCAGUAUAUGGGGCCGAUGCCCUACCCCCUGAGCCACAGGUGCCGCCUAAUUUUUCUAUUCUGAGAAGAGAUGGAGUCUCUCUCUUGCUCAGGGUGGUCUAGAACUCUUGAGUUCAGACAGUCCUCCCACUUCAGUGCCCCCAGAGUGCUAGGAUUACAGGAGGCACGAGCCACUCUAAGUGAUAUUUAGAAGCACUUCUCUCUGCCUCAUUCCGCCCUCAGGGUUUUAGACAGCCCCUGGUCCCUGACUUCUUACUUAACCCCUCAAGGAUUGCUUUUCUUUCUUUCUCUCUCUCAGAUCAUGCCUCUGGCCCCUAAAAUCAGCUUUCUAAAAGCAAAUACUUUUUGGAUCACAUCCCUUUCACUCUUUCUUCAAGAAUGGUAGUGGAGAGGUGGAGGGGUAAAUAUGCCAUACUUUUCUAUUUUCUUUCUCUU